GCCCGAGAGCGGGGCGCGGCCUCGCCGCGAGACCCCGGGCCAUGGCGCGGGUGCUCAUCGUGGGCGCCGGGCUGACGGGAAGCCUGUGCGCAGCGCUCAUCAGGAAGGAGUUGCCCCGUCCUGUGCACCUCGCGGUGUGGGACGAGGCUGGGGACUCAGGGGGAAGAAUGACUACGGCCAGGAGUCCCUGCAAUCCACAGAGCACAGUUGACUUGGGUGCCCAGUACAUCACCUGCACACCUCAUUACGCCAAGCAACACCAAAGUUUUUAUGUUGACCUGUUAGCUCUUGGCAUUUUGAAGCCUCUGACCUCUCCUAUUGAAGGGAUGAUGAUGAAAGAGGGAGACUGUAACUUUGUGGCACCUCAAGGAGUUUCUUCAAUUAUUAAGCAUUACUUGGACGAAUCAGGUGCUGAUGUCUACUUCAGACACUGUGUGACCCAGAUCAACCUGCGAAAUGACAAGUGGGAAGUCUCCAAGGACAAAGGUCCCCCCGAGCUGUUUGACAUUGUUGUCCUCACGAUGCCAGUUCCUCAGAUUCUGCAGCUUCAAGGUGACGUCGCAAACUUAAUUAGCAAAUGCCAAAGGCAGCAACUGGAGUCUGUGAGCUACUCCUCUCGCUACGCUCUGGGCCUCUUUUAUGAAGCUGGCACGAAGAUUGAUGUCCCUUGGGCUGGGCAGUACAUCACCAGUAAUCCCUGCAUACGCUUCAUCUCCAUUGAUAAUAAGAAACGCAAUAUAGAGUCGUCCGAAAUCGGGCCUUCCCUUGUGGUUCACACCACUGUCCCAUUUGGAGUCAGCCACUUGGAGCACAGCACCGAGGCUGUGCAGGAGCUAAUCUUCCAGCAUCUGGAAGGCAUCUUGCCAGGCCUGCCGCGACCAGUUGCGACCAUAUGCCAGAAAUGGAGACAUUCUCAGGUUACAAAUGCUGCCGUCAACUCCCAUGGCCAGUUGACUCUUCACCUCAAACCUUUCCUUGUGUGUGGAGGGGAUGCGUUCACCCAGUCCAACUUCGAUGGCUGCAUCACUUCUGCCCGGUGUGUUCUAGAAGCUUUAAAGAACCAUGUUUAGCACCUGUAUCUUUGUCCUCUGCGUGAGCUUUGGGUUUUUGUUUUCACAAGUUUCUGUUAUUGAUUAUUUUGUUUUCUAUUUUGUUGAGAGAAAUUACUGGAAAAUUUUUCAUACAGAGUAUAAAAUUGAUUUUAUGAUUUUGACAGUUACAACCCAUGCUAGAAUGAAAAUGCCUUGUACCAUGCACCUUUCAUGGUGUUUCUGAAUUGUCAUGACUACGCCUUGUUAGAGGAAAACAGUGCUUAAGAAUAACAAAUGGAUGGCCUCCCAAAAAAGCCUGUCCAGUCAGAGUAAUGGUUCAUGUUCCAAAAUCCUUAUUCUUUUGAAAAUUUCCAUUCCAAAUAAAGAAUAAUUAUCCAAUCCUCAUUUUUGAUCUUCAAGUAUGUCCUUGAUUCAGUGUUUUUGCCAAUUGCUGAACUACAGGAUUCCCCCAAACUGUGGCUAACAGAGUGUAAUUUCUGUCUCUCUCUAGUUACUGAAUGAUCCUGAAUCGUUGGUCAUAGAAUGUCAUUGUUUCUAGGACAGUAUUGUUUGGAGGGCAAUUGACUGACAAAGAAACCCCUCUUCAAAUUUUCACAUAAUAACCAGAUGCAACUUGACUCUCCAAGUCCUAUCAUAGUUUUUAACCUUAAAAAAGAAUUCAGUCCUAACAUGAAAGGUAAAAAUUAAAUAGAAGCUGAGAGGCAAUAUAUUGAUCUUUACCUCUUGCUCUACCGGAUGGCUGGUGCCGUUAACUUCAGGUGGUCCCUGGGAUGUCCCGUGGCAUUUAGAGUGUGUCGAGUUUAAUGAAUUUAAUACAACAAGAAAAUUUACUGAACUGGAAAAUAGAUGCACUUAAAAUAGUUCAAUAUUUGCCAACUUAGAGGUUCAGCAUAUCACCCACAUGCUUCAGUGACCCACCUGCUUCCCGUCACUUGCUGGCUGGACAGAAAUUGAUCCCCUGCCUUCUAAACCACUACCUGUCACUAAAGGAAGGGGGAACUGCGUGUGAUUUCUGGUUUGAUGAGAUGACUGAUAUUGAGAUUUCUUUCAUCAUUUUGGCCCAUAUUUAAUUAACAUUUGUCUUUCUCUGGGUUUUACCCUGGAAGCAUGGCAGAAAAGACAUUCAAAUGUGUUAACUAUCUUGUGUUUAACUGAUACCCUUCUGGAGCCAUUGGAUUAAUAACCUCCUGAAGCCUUAAGAACAAUUGUUGUAUUCGUCUCAUGAACGUGCAUCCUCCAAAGAAAAGAGCAAAAAAGGACUUAUGAAGGUGGGGUGAGUUACUUAGAGAAAAGAUGCGUCUAAGUCAUUGCUGAUGACUAUUAAUAUCUACUCCUUCUAAUUCCCUAAUAAUUCCGCAUCUGUUUUGAAAAAUCUAUGGCACGUACGGGAAAAGGCUCCAAACUGCUUAGUAUGUAGAUCAUCGUUACUUCGCCAUUUAAGUCGUUUUGAAAACUCAUUUUACACGUAGAUCCAUCUCU